CUGGGCUCUUUCCUAGUCUUUGGUAAAUACUAAAGAGAGAUGAUGAGUUCAGUAGAACAAGCAACCAAAAAAGGGCAUGCAGUUUUCAUCCCAUACCCAGCACAAGGCCAUGUUAACCACAUGAUGCAAUUAGCCAAGAUUCUUCACCCAAGGGGUUUCCACAUAGCCUUUGUCAACACCGAGUUUAACCACAACUGUUUAAUCCAGUCAAAAGGUCCCGAUUCCGUUAAGGGUCUACCGGACUUUGUGUUCGAGACCAUACUGGACGGGUUGCCUUCUUCGUAUAAGGAUGGAACCCAAGAUAUUCCAGCUUUAUGUGACUCCAUUAAGAAAACUUGUUAUGGUCCAUUUAAAGAGUUGGUCACUAGGAUAAAUUCCUCACCUCAAGUGCCACAAGUUACUUGCAUAGUUGCAGAUGGUGUGAUGACCUUUGGGAGCGAAGCUGCUAGAGAAUUAGGCAUUCCGGAGGUUCAGUUAUGGACUGCCCCUGCUUGUGGCUUCGUGGGGUACUUUCAUUUCAGCGAAUUCGUCAAACGUGGCAUUAUUCCAUUCAAAGGAACUUCUUUAAUUUCUGGACCAUUUGUUUUUUCACUCUUUUGUCGCAUAUAUAAUUUGAUGUAUAUGAACAUUUUUGUAUGCACAAAUUAUCGUGACACACUCGGAAGAUUUGACUCCUUAGUCUUUCGUAUGUCCCGUCUUAUAUUCCUGCGUUUCUUUUGAUGUAUUAUUAAUUCAUGGGGCUUAUAGGUACAGGUCGUGUUUUCCAUUGCUUUUAGAUCUAGUCCAGUAUCACAUCAGACUACUAAUAAAAACGGUCGAAACAAAUAAACAGGUUGCCAUAUAGAGUAUGUAAAUGGGUUUA